AGACAGACGGACGGACAGACAGACGGACAAAUAGUUGGACAAUAUUGGAUAGAUGGGCUGAUGGAUAGGAGGAUGAAUGGAACAAAGGAAGAUCAAAUAAAAGAAUGAGAAUAGUCACCAGACACAGGAUAGUGGUGUGGUAUUGUUCAAAGCCUCCUCAUCAGGUGCAUUAAAUUACAUCUAUAAUAAGCAAACAAACCUGGUGGACCUUAAUGAAUGUAACUUAUCGACAUCGGCAGUGCAUGUCAGUACUAUCCUCUUUGAUCGGAACUUCUGUGGCGAUUCCUGGUAAACAAAGACAAGUUAACGCCUCUGGAUUAGAAAAAGAGCUAUAUUUCUUGACCUAAAGCGAGGACUAGCCUAAAAUGAAUAACACUUCUAAUUCCAGUAAUCCCAGUGACCACCACAUGGAGGUCUCAAGUAUUAUCCACUUCAAUAUCAUCUUCAUCUGUUUGUCUGUUGUCGGUAUCCUUAUAGUUGCGGCAAACGGUUUAGUCUUUGUACUCGUGUAUAAAAGGCGAACGUUGUUACGAAAGACGAACUUUUUUCUGAUCAGUUUGGCAGUGUCGGACAUUUCUUCUGGAUUAAUAGGGAUUCCCCUUAUUAUCUUGUGCAACACUUAUCCAUACGAAUCGCUGAUAAAAACCAUGGACAUAUGUAAUAAAUUCCUUGGGAUUUCUACCAUCCUACACUUGCUCUCGGCAACAAUAGAGCGCUAUAUUAAAGUCUUGGCUCCGCUGCAUUACCGUAGGCUGGUGACAAAGAAGCGCAUUGUGAUGGUUUUAGCGGGAAUUUGGAUGAUCUCUCUGUUGACUCCCGUCAUCGAGUUGUCUUGGUACGAAGACAUUGAAGCCACACAGAAAUAUUCCCUAGCGUUACUAUGCUGCUUCGUCAUCUUUCCACUGACCCUCAUGACUUCAAUCACUUUUCACAUAUUCUACCUGAUACGUGAACAAAAGAGCCGCUUGAAAAUCCUCGCCAACCGGACAAUGGCCAAGAAACAGCAGAGACGAAAACAAGCAGAGAGGCGUGCGGUGAUGGUUUACUCGGCUAUGUCCAUAAGUUUUGCUAUUGGCUGGUUUCCAUAUUUCCUUUCAGCACUUUUUUCGGAUUAUGUUUUGAAGGAGGACGAUGAAUACCCCAUACCAGUCUGGGCAGAUUAUGUGUUUCUGUUUCUCAAGUUUUCCACUGGUCUGAUUGAUCCUCUUCUUUACACCUUUUUCAAAACUGAUUUCCAGACAGCGAUGCGGUCUUUGCUUUUCAACUCGUAUGAGAAUAUCAAUACAAGAGUGACGAUUCAUAUGAGCUCGCUACAGGCGCCAAACACUCAGCGUAGUAGCUCGGAUUAGCAAAAUUGAGGCAAAAAGAAAGUACCUUUCGGUGAAAAAAGAACUAAAAUUGUCGACAUUAUGCACCUGUGACUGAAGAGGUCAUUGAGACAAAAAAAACRCGAAUGGAGCAAGAUAAAAUAGUUUCGUAACCGAGUUGAAACGGUGUGGAAAGAACCAACAAAGUGCACAGCUUACUGAAUGCGGAAAACCCCGGCAAAGCAACCAGAAAAACAGCUAAAAGUAUAAGGUUUGCAAUCUAAUUUCGAUCGCAAACAUAAACUUCAAGCCCAAAUCUUACAAUUGGGACCAGAAAAAAAAGCAAAAACUCUAAAAGUAGUACUAAUUAAAGGUAUGGUUUUAAGUUUAAUUUAAAUCAAGAAUAAGGAUAUCACAAUCUCAAACUCUUUAGACAUAAAUAAGUUAUUGCGCGCCAUCAUUUUGUAGCUACUUAAGUCACGGAUGGGUUAACCAGUUACUAGGGAAAAAAGACGUUCCAUAUCUCGCGCGCUGAUUUUAUUCCAGGCCGGAUGGUGGCAGCGACAGACGGUAAAAAGCGAUUAACUUUAAGCCAAAAUAUAUAAAGUUUUUAAUUGAUAAGGAUAGUUUAAGUCGUUAAUUUUUGAGGAUUAUAAAAAAUAUAUAUAUAUAAAAACAGGCAAAGUACUAGUUAGAGUUCAUGUUUUUCUUUCUUUCUUAAUUUCUUAAUUUUUUCAAACUA